AUGGAUGCCAGAAUCAUGCGAAUCGAAAACAAGAACAGGACGAUUUUACGAAGGACUUACAGUGCGUAUAAGGGCCUGAGACUUCCUGGUUUUGAUUGGGAUAGCUUGUGUGUGUUACCAGGAAUCGAUUGGGACCAAUAUGAAGCUCUGAAAAUGCCUCUAGGGUUGAUUUCGAUCUCCCACUUUUUUGUGAUUUUUUACAAAGUUGUUAUGCCUCUACAAGUGAUUGCCAACCCUGAUUUUUGUGUCCUUGGCUUGCUUAUGUAUUGUACAUUGUAUUAUGGUCACAAACUUGGUCCAAAUCUUGCCCUAUCAAUGCUCAUGAAUUUGAUUUGA